AAAAGUCUGAAUUUAAUAAAUCAUUGUGUUGAGAGUGAACAAGAAUUAAGAUCAUCUCAAUUUCUUUUAGCUGCUCUGAUUGAGCGUGCAUUAAAAUCCAAAAUUCUGAUAAAAAAUAAAAUAAUUGGAACAACUGAGGAAGGUACGCUCAGGAGAGAAUUUGACAGCCAUGGUGAGACAGGGGAAAUUUCUGACUUCAAAAACAUGGCAGAGGAAGAUGAGACUGAUAAAAAAGCCCCUAUUCACAGGAGGAAUGUUUCCAGAAAAAGAAAAAGUGAAAAGCAACAUUCAACACCACCUCGAAAAAAGGUGAAGGUAACUUUUGUCUCAAUGAGGACGACCUUGUCAGACCUUGUGAUUUAUACCAAAUCUCAGGAGUUUGUGAGCUUUGAUCAUUCCCCAAGUAAUCAGCAGUGCUAUGAAACUAAUUCAUUUGUAGAGACUCGAGCACAAAGAUUUGUUAGACGUUCAGCUAAAGAGUUUAUUUCACAUACUUCAAGAUUCAUUGCAAGAAUCUACCCCAAAGCAACCAAAACCUCCUCAAAUUAUGAACCUCAUAAGUUCUGGAAUGUGGGGUGUCAAAUGGUGGCCUUAAACUUCCGGACACCGGGAGUAGAAAUGGAUUUGCAAAAUGGAAAAUUCCUAGACAAUGGUGGUUGUGGCUAUGUUCUGAAACCGGAAUUCUUGAGAGAUCGUCUUUCAACAUUUACCCCACAAAAUGUGGGAAGUCAUAGUAAACCAAUGUCUCUUGAGAUAAGGCUCAUCAGUGGUCAUCAGCUUCCACCUGGUCGUCUGUUAAGGACUAGCAGAUCUGUCCAUUUAGUGCAUAUAGAAAUUUAUGGCGUGCCAGAAGAUCAAGCGACAAAAAUAUCUCAUGAGGCAAGAAGCAGUUCUUUGAGCCCUAGGUGGGAUGAAAGUUUCUCUUUUACUAUCCAAGUUCCAGAGCUGGCAUUGAUACGCUUCUCUGUGAGGAGGAGUCAUGUGCAUAAAAAUGCAUUCCUUGGUCAAUACACUUUACCGCUUUUAUGCCUCAGUAAAGGUAAUAUUUUUAUGUUAGCCAAUAUUUUUAU